CCCUCAAGAGCAGCCAGCAUUUAACUAUGAGCAGGAGUCCGGACCUUUGGCAGACAGGCGGCAGUACAGAAAGCGGGCUGCCCAAGCAAUGCAAUAUUAAUCCGUGUAAUAACUUCGCGACCCGGCUGCCGACCCUCGCAAGGGCCCCGCAGGUUGAUAACGUUGCACGCCCACAAAACCUUCCGGGGUAGUUACAAUCCGAACUGCAGGGCGAGCGCUGACGCCCCGGGGCCAGGCGUAGCAAGGCGCCGCGGGUUGCCACGCAUGAGCAGGGGCACGCGUGGCUCCGCCGGAUCGGGCCCUCCGCCACGUCGCGGCGGGCUCGGUGGCCUCUAGAUGGUGCUCUGGGCAGCGCCUGCUCCUCGCGAGCCCGUGGCGGGGCCGCCUCCUCCCCCUCUGAGCUCAGUUCCUGCUGCCCCGCGUCUCUCGGGGCUGCCGAGCUCGCCGCCAGCAUGUCUUCCAACGCCAGCCUGAGCAGCAUGCAGCGGCUGGUGGAGCAGCUCAAGCUGGAGGCGGGGGUGGAGAGGAUCAAGGUCUCUCAGGCAGCUGCAGAACUUCAGCAGUAUUGUAUGCAGAACGCCUGCAAAGAUGCCCUGCUAAUAGGUGUUCCUGCUGGGAGCAAUCCUUUCCGGGAGCCUAGAUCCUGUGCUUUACUCUGAAGUCAGAGAACGUCGGUGGAGAGUUCUCUUCAAGCAUGAAAUGAAUAACAGCUGCCUUUCCUUCUCAAGAAAACACUAGCUCUGUGCCCUACUUUUCCUGUGGCCAAAACAAUCUCCUAGAUAUUUAUCAGUCUGUUCUGGUGUAUCAGUAGUUGACUAGAUCUUUUGCUAAUAUGUGUAAAGUAUUUUAUACGAGAAAGCACUCUUAAUAACUGAGUUAACAUUGUUUCCAUAGUUACUACGCAAGGCUAUUUAAUUAUGAGGUUGUUUACAUUUUAGAAAGGAAAAAAUAUUUUAAUUUUACCAGAUAACUUUUUCCCCUCUUAAUAAUUGUGAUGCCUGGAUUAAGGAUUUUUCUACACAUUUAAAUUGCUUCUUCCUCUCACCCACACUUGGGAUUUACAUUUUCUAAACAGACACCCACUGAGUGCAUGUUAAAAUACACAAGAACCCAGUUUUAAUAAGAGACAGUGUUGCCAAAUGGAAAGGUUUUUUGUUUUGUUUUUAAAUUUUUAAGACUUGGGAGCUAACUCAGACUGCUUUGCAGCUGCCUUUAAAUCAGUAUGUGAUGUCUUUUAUAGAAAUUGCCUGACAGUAUGUAGCACAGACUUGAUUCUUAUGACACAUUCACUACAGAAUGUCCAACUUGUUUACUGUCUUUCUUAUUUGUGCUUCUCAAGAUACUGCUUUGUUGGAAUUUUCUUAACAUGUUUAAAAUCUGAUUAACAAUAUUCACAGAACACUAGAAAAACAUGAAUGCAAAAUGAGUUCACACUCAGAAUUAUCAAGGCUUGAAAUACACUCAUAGAGGCUUAAUGAGUUGUGUAUAAUGUUGGUUGUGUGCCUUUGUUUUUUUACAGAGCACUUUUACAAGACACUGCUUAUUUUUGUAAUAGUUUUUCAUUUUGUUUAUUCUCCAGUGUUUGUAUUAAUCUUUUAGAAGCUUGGAAAUAAAAUGUCUUUCCCUACUGCC